CACAACACAGUCACCCUCAGAGACCUUUACACCGCAAACAGUAUGGAGGCUACACCAGUAAUUAUGGGGAAUGUUACAGGGGAUGAUGCUUAUGGAGCUUUGACAAAAGGUCUAAAACUACUAAUGACAUGUAAUGGUGUAGAUUUGACGUAAGGGUCUCUGGGCUGUUGUGUUCAGUUCUAAAGGAUGAUAAUGUAAAAUAAAGGGACUAAACUCCUAAACCAUGGUCAUCUCAACAGCAAGACUAGCAAUAAUAACAUUGUUGACGAAUUAUUUUCAAAAACUGGCGACCUUGGUUUGUUUGAUGCAUCUGUCUAGUUGCAUGCAAGGUUUUAUUUUUUCUAGUUCUCUCUCUGUGAAUCACUAAUCACCAAUGCCUCUUCCUGUGGGUAACCAGCCAGCUAUACGCGAGUACUUUAAUGAAAGCUGGGUAUGGGACAGUAACUCCAAACCUCCUGAGGUCCAGUUGUCUUCCAACAUGGAGGCUGCCUAUUUUUACAUUGACCCAGUUAUUCAAAGUACAGGUACUGUAGGUGUGAGAGGAACAAAGGGGUUCUCUGAUGGUGAGCACUACUGGGAGAUUGUGUUCUUGGAACCACCCAGAGGAACAUCUGUCAUGGUUGGCGUGGGAACAUGCAGGGCCCUGCUUAGAUCCAACCUCUACCAGUACAUAAAUCUCAUCGGUCAAGAUGAGGAAAGUUGGGGUCUGUCGUACAAAGGUUGUAUCUGGCACAAUGGCAUCAGCAAGCGCUACUGUGACCCUUUUUUUGACAGCUCAACUGUCAUUGGUGUAUUGCUGGACAUGUACAAAGGGACCCUAACAUUCUAUAAGAACGGCAUCAGUCUUGGUGAAGCGUUCACUGGGUUGAACGCUGUGCAGAAGCCCCUCUAUCCUUUAAUCAGUUCCACGGCCACAGAGACUGAGCUGGAGCUGGGUGUAAGGACCUGUCGCUACCUCACCCUGCAGGAGAAAUGUUUUUCUAAGAUUCGCAGUAGUCUGGUCAAUAUGGACAGUGUGGACAAGCUGCCUAUACCAAAAUUAAUGAAGAAUCAUAUCCGCGACUUGUAAUUUUACAAAACUUUUGUAACAGAAGGCAGCUGAUGGUAAAAAUUUAUACCUGCACACAACCAUUCCAUUUCAUGAGUUUCACCAUUUAAAUUUAAGAAGAAAUAUCUUUACACAAUUCUUAAGCAAUAAUCCAUUUAAAAUUAUUAUUUUUUAUUUACUUGUAAAUAUGUUUGCAAAGGUAAAUUUAGAAGUAUAUGCUAUUCAUAUAUUGUGAUUUAUUUUUUAUAAUAAUUAUUAUGUAAACAUAUUUUAAAACUGUUUUGAACUAUUUGUGAUAAUCUGGUAUUUAAAUUUUAAAAUUUUUGUGAUAUAAUAUGUGAUAUACAAGACAAAAUUUUAUUUUUAACUUCUAACUGAUUUUGAGGAAUGGCAACGCAUUCUUAAUGAAGACAGCUAUAAUUUUGGAUGACAAGAAAAUAGAGUGAUUUUUUAUUGCUGUCUAAAUUUAUACUAAAUGGUUAACAAUGACAUUCCUAUUUUUAGCUCUUUAACAUAAAAAAAGUAUUUGAAAUUUUUAAAAUUUUAUUUUUCAAUACUCUUUUUUCUUUAUUUCUAGAGACUUUAAAUGCAGUUUCAUCUUUCUGCUUUAUAGUAAAUUUAGCUGCUCAGUUUGUAUAAUUAUUUAUUUUCAAUGAAAUUUUAGCUUUGUUUGAUUAAAAGUACAAAUAUAUAUACUAUUUAAACAUUUAAGUCAUAUAUUGAUAGUAAAUAUACUACCUGUAAAUAUGCUACAGUUUUAAUUGAUACAAAUGUAGUGUUUAAUCAACAAGUUUGGUUGAAUAUUCAGAUUAUUGUUUAUGUUGUUUUGGUUAGUUCCCUUUAAAAUAGUUUUUUCUAUUUCAUAGUUGUUUUACUUUGUUGAUUGAAAACUGCAUUUUAAUACAGUUUUGAACAUGCAAUUAGUCAUUACCAAAUAUGCAUUUUCCUUUUUAAUGUAGUGAAAAGAUCCAAUCAAUAGAACUGUAGUUUCUGGUAUUUCUGUACAUUGAACUUAAUAAGAAGCCAAAUGUUGUGUAGUUUUAUUUGCAAAAUCAUGUGUUCAUUCUAAUCUAAACCCUCUUUUUUUAUUACCUUAAUAAGAACAGUCAAUUGGCAGUGUUUAAGUGUACAGACCACCUUUAAAGUAGUGCCACUUUGAUUCUUUUAUUUUCUAGCAUGUCUUUUUUGUCAUAGUGACAUCUAUCACUUUGAAUCUCCAUAUUUUGAUGUGAAUCAUAUAUAUGGUAUUUUAAAACUGUUACAUAAAUCAAUGAAAUUGAAAUUUGUUUUCAAUUGUUGACUAGUUGUUUUUUUUUAUUAUUAUUUUCUUUAACAAAGAAAUCCUUGGCUUCACAUCACCUUUACUGUGUUGUGUUUUAAUUACAGUUUGUAAUUAUUGUUUUUAUAAUCAAUUUGUUAAAUAUGUAAUUAAAAAAUAAAUGGUUUCUGGUUUCUUUCAAACUAUGUUCAUUCAUAAUUCACCAAGAUUGAAUCAGCCAAUUGGUUACUGUAAGAUAGAUACAAAUGCUAGUUUUUUUGUUCCUGUUGUGUUUCAUUACUAGGAUAUAUACAAAUAUUUUCUAUUUAUUCCCCACAUCCUUUGCAUAUUUGCUUCAUUGCUGUAGGAUAGAUACAUGUAUUUGCUAUUUGUUCCCAACCUUGCUUGGAUGGAUACAAAUAUCUGUUCCUGUCUUCUUUAGUCAUUGUUAGAUAGAUACACAUAUUUGCUAUUUGUUCCCAACUUUGUAACUUACACUAUAACUCUUUUGAGAAAGCUCUGUGCCAUUUGUACUCUUUUUUUCUAUAUUUUAUUUUGGAAAUUUCAUUUGAAAAUUUAUUGUACAUAACCAUGUGGGGAAACCUUUCUUUGCCGCGUUUAAAAAAAACAUUUUGGUGUGGUUUUUCUGGCAAUUUUCUCAUGCAUUUAAUUUUUUUUAUUACAUGAGAACAGUAAUUUUAAAAAGUGCUUUAAGAGUUAUUUUUAACGAAGUUUAUAAAAGAUAAAGUAAAAUUUAAAUCUUUUAAUAUUGAUAUUUGGCCUUGUAUUUCUAUUUUACAUUUUUUUUUAUAAAAUACCAACUUAGUUCUGAGUUAGUUUAUUCACUAAGAAAAUUGCAAUAUAUAUUUUUUUAUUCAUUAAAAUAUGAAUUUUUUCUGGCAAAAGUUGCAUUUAUUACUGCUGUUAACUGUUACAACUUACAUUUCAUACUGAUGUUAGUAAUAAACAGUAGUACUACCCU